AACAAUUCAAGAAAUAGAAGCUUAACUAUAAAUUAGGUCAAUUCUCAUCGUUUUGCAAGAACAUUACACAAAUUAUUUAAUCUUGCUCUUGGUUUUUUGGGGUGAUUCUAUUAUAUUGGUUAUAUCAAUUCAUUGACUUCAUAAAAUACUCACUAAAAUGGCAAUAAUUACAAAUUCACACGAAAAUUUAAUCCAUGAUGCUUCCUUAGAUUACUAUGGCAAACGUUUGGCUACUUGUUCAUCUGACAAGACAAUUAAAAUAUUUGAGGUUGAUGGCGACAACCAUAGACUUAUAGAGACAUUAAAGGGGCAUGAUGGCCCAGUUUGGCAAGUCAGUUGGGCUCACCCAAAAUUUGGUAUAAUUUUAGCUUCUUCUUCAUAUGAUGGCAAAGUGUUUAUCUGGAGAGAAGAUAAUGGAAAAUGGUCUCGUAUUUCUGAACAUACUGUUCAUAAAGCCUCUGUUAACAGCAUCUCAUGGGCACCACAUGAAUAUGGUGCAUUAUUAUUAUGUGCCUCUUCAGACGGUUAUGUAUCAGUUGUUGAAUUUAAAGAUGAUGGUACUACAUCUUCUUUACUUGUUGAGGCCCACAAAGUUGGUGUUAAUUCAGCUUCUUGGGCUCCUGUUUCUUUCACAGACACCACUGUUGCAACUAAUAGUAAUAUUACUUCUGCUCCAGCACAAACCCAAAUAAGAAGAUUUGUUACUGGUGGCUGCGAUAAUCUAGUAAAAAUUUGGAAUUAUGACUAUGAUGCAAAAACUUAUAUUCUACAAGAUACUCUUGAAGGCCAUAAAGAUUGGGUUAGAGAUGUUGCUUGGUCUCCAUCUUCUUUGAUCAGAUCGUACAUCGCCUCAGCUUCUCAAGAUAAAAAUGUAAUUAUUUGGACCCAAGAAAAUAACGAAGGUCCAUGGAAAAAGACCUUAUUGAAACAAGAUAAAUUCCCUGAUGUGUGCUGGAGAGUAAGCUGGUCUUUCUCAGGAAAUGUAUUAGCUGUUUCCAGCGCUGACAAUAAGAUUACUUUAUGGAAAGAAAAUUUACAAGGUUCUUGGGAUUCAGCUGGAGAAGUUGAUCAAUAAUUAAAUUUCCAUUCAUAGUACUUUAUUCAUAUCAAAUUUGAAUUUUAUCAAUUUUCUUAAUCAUAAAACUUCAUUGUAUACUUAAAUUUUAAUUAAUUUUUUUCCAAAACAAAAAAAUAUAAUCAAUCUAGCACUUGAAGUGUCUUAAGAAAUAUUCAAUCCAUUUAUUUUCUUGUAUGGAUAAAGCCUGAGUUUGUAAAAAAAUUUAUUCAAAAAAAUAUCUUGAUAAAAUAGUUGUUAAAAAUAAGUAAAUCAGAAAUACUUUUAGUGCUAAAAUAAAAAAUCAAAGUCAA